AUCGAUGACUACUUUAUCACAGGACAUUUGAGUCACAAAAUUGGUGUUGUAUUCGAUAACAUAGUGUUGUUCGAUACUGGCAAAGAGCCGAUGAUGGAAGGAAGGAGUUGGUUCUGGGUUAGUGAUUCGGAGGAUAUGACCAAAGCGAUGAAAUUGUGGAAAAAUUUGGAAGAAGCACAUAGAAACGCGUCGAAUUCAAUCGUCCUCUCGUUAUGA